CGGAGCUCAGUCAGCUGCCCACCUGAGAGAGACGAGAGAGGAGGGAGAGCAGGCAGAGAUUAUCUGACUGGAGGUGUGUGUGACACCAUGAGCCACGUUUGAUGCUGCCGAGGGAUCAUCACAGUGUUCAGGAGGAUUCACGGAGCAGUAGUGCUUCAGCAGGACUAUGGCAGGCUUACUAAGAGCGACACCACGUCCACGUCUCUGUUUCAUAAUCUGUGUUUCUUCCAUUUUACUCCUCAUCCUCUUCUGCAAAGAAUUAAGAGACAGGCAGCACGAGGAGAGGCACAAAAGAGACCUGGACUACCUUCUGAACUCCACAGAAAUCCCUGCAGAGCACAUCGACCCGGCUGCCAUCGACCUCACCCCCCUGGUCAAUACUUUAAUAAAUACGAGCCAAUCAGGCUCCCGUCAGCUCUUCUCCCUCCUCAGCGUGACAUCCUACAGUUCUCUGGCUCUCCAUAAGCUCACCCUGUUGGUCUAUAACAUUUCCAGCAUUCAAAGUUUAGAGAGUAACGUGUUCAGGAGAAGAUUCUGCUACUGUGUCACCAAUGAGACCAACGACCUCACAGACUUUACGGCCAUUCUCCUGGACGUGAUGGGAAACUCAACAAGUUACCUGCAGGAGAUCUUUAAAUCUGCCUCCAUAUUAUCAGUAAGCCAGAGGAACAACUCAGACUGUAUUUACAUCUGUGUGAUGGCCGGUAAGAUGGGCAGGGAGGUUCCGGAGCUGUGGGAGGUUGACUCCAUCAUCCCACUCUUCAACCAGACCAUCGUGGAAGGACCACACAGAGGUAACGUCUCCUCCAUCAGACUCCCCGUGGAAUGGAGCCAACUGCCCACGAAUCUGAGUCACGUCUCUCCAUCUGGGAUGAGCUCCAUGUUAACCAGCAGAGUCCAUUCGACGGCACAUGUUUCAGCUCCUACAGUGGAGGAAACUGCCGAAACAUCUCCACAACCUGCAACCAUCGAGCCCCAACUUACAACCCGACCGGUUACCACGGCAACUGCUGCUUCUACAACAACAACUCCGACACAAACGUCCACAGCAUCAACUGACGGAACAACGUCCUCACCAGGAAUUAUUCCGACCCCGCUGACUCAAAGUAGGACAACCCGGUACCGGACUUCCACUGCUUCUCCAACCAGGCUUACACCCGUCCAACACACAGAGGGACCCGUACUGGCAGAAAGGACUACAGAACCUCUUAGCAAGAGAACUACAAUACCCAGCAAGACAGUGGAAACAGAAAAACCAGGUUGUCCCUGGAGACGGCCGGAUCGGACGGACGCCUCGGCCUCCUUGGGCAGCACGACGACCGUCAGCGCUCACAAGCUGCAGCCCUGCGUCUUCGAGCUCUGCAAGUUCUUCUCUCAGUGUCUCUGCAGACCGUUCAGCCACAAGACGCGCAUGAAAAGAUACUGUGACGACAGCCACCUCUGGUAUGAAAAACACACGUCGGAGGUGUGCCGGCGGGUCAGGAGAGUCUCCUUCUCCAGAAAUCUGAAACAGAGAUGCCUGAUGAAGAUGUGCAAUAAACUGUGACCAGAGAGGAAGGGGGGGGGGGGGGGGACACAAAGAGCUGUUCAUCAUCACAAGAAGAGACUGAAACCACAAACCGCAGCAGAAGUUGGACCAGCAGCUCCCGCAGAACGUGUCGGCUGAUUUCAACAUUUGGACCAGCACACUACAUGUUAUCUAUAUCUCUAAUGUCAACACUGGUUGCAAAAAUGUUUUUUGGGCCAGAAAACAAAAGCUGACCAUCAACAUCUGGAGGCUGAAUCUGCAAAAAUGUUCCUCCAGGACCAUUUUCAAAAGUCACACUUAUCUUUGUUUUUCUCUGACUACUUUAAACUUUAAACUUUUAAAAAACUGUAAAGCCAUUUUGAAACUGUGUCUUUGUCAAUAAAACUCUGGCUGC